GUGCUCAACUGGUUUCAUAACAAUCGUAACAAGCAUUGCCCCAAGGUAGCCAGGAAAGCACAUCCUCCAGUGGUGAGCACAAGGGAGUUUUGGGCCAACCAUCAGCAAGCUCGAGGCUGCUCCCUCAGCAAGUUGAAGCCAACGGUCACUACGCACGCAGGAUCUUCGUCUUCCUCAG